AUGUUGACCUUCGAGACCUCGCAGCUUCAAGGCGCCAAGGCCAUCGUUGAGAAGUUGGUAGACUUGCCCUUCCAAAAGGUUGCCCACCGUAUCUCCACUUUGGACGCACAGCCAGCUUCCCCUAAUGGUGACAUUUUGGCUAUGGUUACUGGAGAGUUGUUGAUUGACGAGGAGCAAAACGCUCAACGUUACUCCCAGGUGUUCCACUUGAUCCCAGACGGAAACUCGUACUAUGUGUUCAACGAUAUUUUCAGAUUGAACUACUCGUAA